CUUUUCAGGCAAGAGUGCGUGAGAAACCCUGUGCUGGCAGUAGUAUUCCAUUAACAGGCAUGCUGGAUGGAAAAGACAGACGAUCUCAUGAAGAUGUCCAAAAGCUGGAGGAGAUGUUGGCACACCGUGAUAAUGAGAUCAGUAUAUUGGUGAAUAUGCUCAAAAGAGAAAAGAAGAAACUUCAAGAUGUCACUUCUCAGAUGACAAAGCCACAGAAUAAAAAUGAAUCACCGACAACGCUAGAGGCAGCAGAGAGUGCAAAAUAUGACAGCUCUAAUGGUGACAUACAUGCUCAGCAUUCGAUGACUGGAAAAAGAGUGCCAGAAUUAUCUGCAGGUCAGCAGGAGGUAUUUGAAGUCUUUCUGAGGGACCAUAAAGAGCAUUUAUCAAUCGAAGAUAAAAGAGCUGUUUUGCAACAAAGGUUUGUUGAAGCUAAGGCACUUGGUGAGCAAGUUAACCAGAUCCGGACCAGAGUCAACUAUCUGAAGGGCGAGCUGAAAAACAGACGAAAGCAAAUGGCAGUCCAAGGCUUAACAGGAAAUCAAACAGAAUCAGAGUUGGAUCCUUUUGAGGAGAAAAUCCUUACCCAGAUAGAGGAGGAGAAGAAGAAUUACAAGAUCACAUCUGGAUGUUUAAAAGAUUUGAAAACAGAGAUUGAACAUCUGCAGCUGUUACUUGAAAAGUCGAAAGUAAAAAUCCAAAGUGACUUUGAGAACUGGUGGACCCAGGAAGGCGCUAGACUACAGGGUCACAGUGGAGAGAACACAGGAAACAAUCGAAGAGGCAUCAGCCCUCUCAGCCACAUGUUAACCAGGAAAAAUAAUCUCAAAGAUGAUGAUUCAAACCUUCAGGGGGGGAGACAAGAAGAGAUCAGAGAUAAGAGAGCCUUGCCCUCAUGUGAUUUCUCAUCAACCCCUUUUUCAUUAACCGGAGAUAAAAAGACUGAUGCUGAUAUAGAGGCCUUCAUCAGAGCCAGACACAACCUGCUCAACAGCACAGGAGAGACUAAGCACUGAGAAAAAUUACGACCAGGGAACAAUGAACACAUUUUUGCAUAUUGUACAAACCCGCAUGGUAACCGAUUUUUUUUGUGUAUCUUGCUCAAAAUAAGCAGCAUGUAUUUCAGUGUUAUGUAUAUACUGUAGCAAUAGUAAUUUUUACAAGCUUUCAAAAAAUCUUAACCUGAUCAGAAAUCUGCCAACCUCUUAAAGGUUUUUUACACUAUCUAUAUAGAAUUUGUACUCUAAAAUGGUAAUAUUUGCUUAUUUUCUAUUCUCCUGCUUUAUAAAUCUGUCAAAUGAUUUAUGUUAAUCACGUUAUUCGUGUUAUAAUCACGUGACAAAGUAGCUCUUGUUCAUUCAAUCACAAUAAAUGUCUACUUUUUCGAUGUGAGGACAAAGAUUAAAGGCUUGUUUUACUAGGAGUGAAGAUAAUUGUAGUGUCAAAGAACCUUAUUUAACAGUAAAUAAAUGCUGUUCCAUGAACUACUGCUAUUUAUCAUUAUUAAAUCUCAAA